AUGUCAACUGUUGUUUCCACAACCGCCUCCAUGACCACUCCUGCGCCAACCACCUCGGCGUCCACGACGACGACUUCCCUCACCACCGAUGAUCGCACUCCUGAUGCGCCACCGCUGUCGAUCGCUGCCACCUCCAUCAUUCCUGCCACAGCCGCCGCGACGACGGCGAUGACUACUAGCUCUCCCAUUCCGGACAACGAUGAGAACACUCAACGCCUCGCCAACCGCUAA